AUGACGAUGAAGCUCCCUCCAGGUUUUCUCUUCGGGUAUGCCACAGCGAGCUAUCAAAUUGAAGGAUCACCAUCGUCUGACGGUCGUGGGCCUUCGAUAUGGGAUACAUUUUCUCAUCGACCCGGGAAGAUUGCAGACGGCGCGAAUGGAGAUAUUGCGACAGAUUCUUACUUGAUGUGGAAAGAUGAUAUCGAGUUACUCCAGUCGUAUGGCGCAAAUGCAUACAGGUUCUCUAUCUCAUGGUCUCGAAUCAUUCCUUUGGGAGGUCGUGGUGAUGCAGUCAAUUGGGAGGGAGUAAAAUUCUAUCGGACCAUGAUUGAGGAAUUGGUGAAGAAGGGGAUAACACCUUGUGUCACUUUGUAUCACUGGGAUCUUCCGCAAGCUCUGCACGACCGAUAUACAGGAUGGCUGGACAGAAGGAUUAUUGACGACUUCGUGACUUAUGCUGAAGUGUGUUUUAGGGAGUUCGGGGAUCUGGUCAAGCAUUGGAUCACCCUUAAUGAGCCAUGGUGCAUUUCUGUUCUGGGUUAUGGUCAUGGCGUCUUUGCACCAGGACGUUGCAGUGACAGGACGCGUUCUAACGAAGGAGAUUCUGGCCGAGAGCCAUGGAUCGUGGCACAUAAUCUAAUCUUGGCGCAUGCAUCCGUAGUUGAUUUUUAUAGGAGGAAGUUCAAGGAUUCACAGAACGGUUCUAUUGGGAUUACCCUCGAUGCUCUCUGGUACAUGCCAUUCGACGAAACUCAAGCAGACGAUAUCGUGGCUGCUCAACGAGCGAUCGAUACCAGACUGGGAUGGUUUGCGGUGAGACAGACCUCUUGUCCAGAUAACAGUGGAUGA